UUACAUGCGACCGCCCUGAGCUUCGAUUGAGCAUGUCUCUAAUGUUACUUGAUGUUGUUACCAGCAUGUUCACCAGCAUAGGUCUUGUUGCUCUCGCAACACUCGGAUCUCUCCAACAAUGCAUGGCCACCGCCAACCUCUCGCCCGCUGUCCUGAAACGAGAUACCUCGCCGCCUGAGGCAGGCAGCCUUGUGAAGAGGGAAGUCUGCUCGGACGGCACCCGAUGCAUUGUAGGCAGCUGCUGUGGUGACGGGUGCUCCUGGAACUGUUGUGGUCUGGACCAAGGCGGAUGUAAGAUCCCAUCCCUCAAUGAGCAGUCCUCUAGCUGCGCAUAGGACUAUGGAUGACUGACCGACGCAACAGUUGGAUGCGACCUGGGCGCGCGGUGCCAGUUCGACGGCGAUGUUUUCAUCGGAUGCUGUGACAACUUCGUCGGGUAUGCCUCGUUCACUAGUCACUC